UUGCAAGUUCUUUUUCUCUCAAUGUCUCCAGACUCUUAAAGUUUCCAGAGGAUAGUAUGAAGAUGACGUUUAAGUGUUGGAUGUUCUUUAUCCUGUUCUUACUCUCAGGGCUUGUGUUUGUCCGCACUUUACCUCAAGGCCUUGAGAAAAUCAAUGGGAGACUCUCCUGGCCUUGUUCUGACCCUCCUGCUGGCACACACAAACCUUCCUCAGUGCACACACUGAGGCCUGCGGACAUCACAGUCUUCUCUGUGAUUGGACUCCCAAACACACCAAUCAGACUAAUGUCAUCAGUUAUAAGCAGUCUUCAUGAUAUGAUGUCCUUGUUUAGUCCUGAGAUUUCCAGUGUGUUACCUAAAGGAUUUGGCUCUGCACAAACCAGUGAUUUGAUGUAUCAGGCUGAACAAGCAGCUUCCCUUCUGAACACCCAACAGGAGUCUGUAGCAGAAUCUGGCUGGAAGUUGCUGAUAGUCUUCGUGCCAGUUGAUUGGCGGUGUAUGUGUUCUCAGCAGGUCAACACUAUGGCCCAAGAUGUGGAUGCUGCUCUACAAGUGCUGCACUCUCAGCUGAAAAAGGCCUUAGUGAGUGUUGUGCUCCUGGAGGCUGAACCUAACAGCAGACACAGCAGAUGUUCUUGUCCACAAAUAGACUCAGCUGAAGAACUGCGUCUUACUGGUGCAAUCUAUGCACACAACCUUUUGGAAGAUUUGAAAGACAGUCUAAGAGAGAAGGACUCGUAUAGCAGGGAUGAUUUUACUGUCCAGCUUCAAGAUGUUCCUCUGUUUUCAAAUGUCUUAUCUAACAAUCACGAAUGGACUUUAGAAGAGAAACUGAAUGAGCAGGCAUACACUGUCUUUUUGCAGCUUUGGGAAAACCUUCUCCAGCCAAUCACCAAUCAGGAAAACCUGAACAAGGGUGACGAUUCUACAAAUCGAUGCCCAACCAAGGACCAACGCUUUUUCAGAACAGAGAAGAAUUCUCCAUCAGAAAUGAAUCCAUCAUCCAGAGGACCGGCUAAAGCUGUUGAUGUAUUGGGCACUGAGAUACAUUGUGAAGAUCUGAGUCCCUCUAACACAAUCCCCACCUCAGUGCAUGAAGUGAGGCCGGCGGAUAUCCGAGUUGUGGGAGCAGUCGGAGAUUCUCUAACGGCAGGGAAUGGUGUUCCAUCUACAUCCCUGUUGGAUGUGCUGACACAGUACAGAGGAUUAUCAUGGAGUAUUGGAGGAGACAACAACAUUUCUACAGUCACUACACUUCCAAAUAUCCUGCGUGUAUUUAAUCCAGAGCUUACAGGAUUCUCUGUUAAAACGGGAAAACAGAACACCAAACAAGCUUUCCUCAACCAGGCUGUGGCAGGAGCCAAGAGCAUCGAUCUGCUGAAUCAAGCUAAAGUGCUGGUCAACAGGAUGAAGACAGAUAAUCGCAUCAAUUUCGACUCAGAUUGGAAGGUGAUCACUAUGUUCAUCGGAGGCAAUGAUUUCUGUGAUUCCUGUGAAAAUCCAUUGCAUUAUUCUCCAGAAAACUUUCUGAAGCGAAUCCAGUUAGCGCUGGACCUUCUCCACUCUGAGGUUCCUCGUGCUAUCAUUAAUCUGGUGGAGCCUCUUCAUAUCACCCCACUGAGAGCCAUGCACCUGAACGUCACUCUGGGCUGCCCGACAUGGCUUGUGCGCAUCCUCUGUUCCUGUGUAGUUUCACCAGAAGAGGGAUCAGAAGCUUUGCAGAGCCUCGAACAUCUGAACAGAGCUUAUCAGACAAUACUUCAAGAUUUGGUGGAGUCUGGCCGUUAUGACACCAACUCAAACUUUACUGUUGUGCUGCAGCCUUUCCUUAGGGAUAUAACAGUACCAAUGCUGGAUGGACAGCCUGAUCGUUCAUAUUUCACUCCUGAUUGUUUCCACCUCAGUCAGAAGGCUCACACACUCAUGGCUCGUGCUCUGUGGAACAAUAUGAUGGAGGGACUGGGGAAUAAAACCAACAAACAUGACUUUACUGUAAAUUUGCAACCUAAAUGUCCCUCACAGUCCUCACCCUUUCUUCAGACCUUUGAAAACAGCAAUUACGUGUAUAAAAGCCCACUGCCACCCCCACCUCCAAUUUCAAACUGGGGAAGUGAUUUCUCCUGCACAGACACCAAGCCAUCAAACAAAGUCCCUAACUCAGUUCAUCAGCUGAGGCCUGCCGAUAUCAAGGUGAUUGCUGCACUCGGAGACGCUGUUACUGCUGCACUUGGUACAAAAUCACAGAACUACACUCAGUUUCAUAUAGAAUACAAGGGAGUGUCAUGGAGUAUUGGAGGUGAUAAUUCUUUGGACAGCACUACAACGCUGCCAAACAUUUUGAGAAAGUUCAACCCAUCCCUGCAGGGCUUCUCUACUGGAGAUGGCGUAUCAGGACAGGAUGGCUUCAACAUGGCCGUGUCUGCAGCCACAGCCUCCGAUCUUGUAGCUCAGGUCAACAGACUUAUUCUGUCCUUAAAAUCCAAUAAGAAUGUAGAUUUUGAAAUGGACUGGAAGCUGAUUACUGUCCUUAUUGGGGUCAGUGAUUUAUGCCAAUAUUGUAAUGAUCAGAACAACCUGUCGCCUCAGAACUAUAGGCACCACCUCAUGAAGGCCCUGGAUCUGCUAUAUAAAGAGGUACCUCGUGCUCUAGUGAAUGUUCUCACUGUUCCAGAAAUUGAGGUCUUGAGGAUGGUCAAGAAGAGUUCAUUAGGCUGCAGUUUUUUUCCCAGAGACGUCUGUCCAUGCCUAAUGACUCCAGAUGACAACUCAUUAGAGCUAUCAGAGUUAAUGCUGAUUAAUCAGGAAUAUCAGACUGAGAUGGAACAGCUGAUAUCUGGGGAACGUUACGACGGACGUGAAGAUUUCACUGUUGUCCUUCAGCCUUAUCUUCAAAACACAACCAUUCCUUUAGAUAAAGAUGGAAAUCCUGAUCUCAGUUAUUUUACAUUAGACUGCUUCCAUUUCAGUGAGCGGGCACAAGCUGAGAUGGCUAUUUCCCUUUGGAAUAACAUGCUGGAGCCAGUGGGAAAUAAGCAGAUCUUCAACAACUUUACAUACGAUCGCACGAAACUUAGGUGUCCAUCAGAGACACUCAGACCGUUCAUUUAUACCAAGAUCAACAGCCACCCUGAUCACAUCACAACUCCAGAGCCGACAACUACAAGCACCCUGGUGCCAAGCACCCCAGCUCCCUGCCCCAACAGCUUACCCAUGUGGGUUGCAGCCAUAUUUGGAGUUGUAGGUAUACUCCUUGGUUGGGGAAUCACAUGGCUGUUUAUGCGCCGAUUGAUUAAGAAGCAGAAAAAUGAAGACAAAGAAAAUGAAAAGGAAACAGAAAUGAAGAGAACAACCUUUUAGCACUGAGCUACAUACAGUGAGACUAAUAUUGAAACACAUACAUGCUUUCUAGACUGCCGUAUAUCCAAUAAACUCGAUGUGUAUGGUUAUGAAAUUGAAAUUUCACACACACACACACAGUGGCAACCCAAAGCCUUAUCUAAUAAGCCAGUGUUACUAAACAAUGCCUUACACUUUUUUUACUUAAUGUACUUCAUAAACAUUCAGUAAAAUGUUAUAACAUUUAAAAUACGGUUUUAAGUGCAAAUACAGGCCUUGUAACUUUACUGUACAGGUGGAGAUGAGAAAUAUUCUCUCCUUUAAUUCAUUCUAGUUCAUCGUAUUUAUUCAUUGUACUUUUUUAAUAUAAAAUAUGGUGUUAAUAAUUCACUCUGGAACACAAUAAUAAAUAAUAAAGUUAUUGCUUUUUUUUAUUAUUA